AUGAGUGUUCGACUCCUGUCCUCGACCCUCCGCGGCCAAGUACGAUCCAGGAUCAAGACUAAAUCUGCGUGGACAUCCCCUUGGAUUUGUGAAGCAUGCAAAUUUAAAGGCUGGUCAAGACCGGUGUCCUCAACCGCCCAGCCAGCCAUUGAGAAGCCAUAUUAUAUUACAACCCCGAUUUUCUACGUCAAUGCUGCCCCUCAUGUCGGACACCUUUAUACGAUGGUCCUCACGGACAUCCUCAAACGCUGGCAAGUCUUACGGGGGAGGCGGGCAAUCCUCUGCACGGGGACGGACGAACAUGGAAUGAAGAUCCAGCAGGCAGCUGCAAAAGCGGGCAUCCCGCCGAAGGAGUUCUGCGAUCUGACAUCGGAAACCUUCGUGCAACUCGCAGAACGAGUAGGGCUGUCGAACGAACAUUUUAUACGGACGACAGACGAAGCUCACAAAGAUGCUGUGCAAUACUUUUGGUUCAUGUUAAAAACCCGGGGAUAUAUAUACCAAUCGAAGCAUGAAGGAUGGUAUUCUGUCAGCGAUGAGACAUAUUACCCCGAGUCCGCCAUUGAGAAGCGGCUGGAUCCAUACACUGGGAAGACUUUCAUGGCAUCACAAGAGACUGGCAAGGAGGUCGAAUGGAGUUCCGAGUUUAAUUACCACUUCCGACUUUCUGCCUUCAAAGAUAAAUUGCUCGAGUUCUACAAGGCGAACCCCGAAUUUGUUGUGCCUGCGACUAAAAUGAAAGAUGUCGUUAAAUGGGUUUCGGAAGGAUUGGAGGAUCUGUCUGUCUCGAGGCCUGUGGAGCGGCUCACAUGGGGGAUUCGGGUCCCGGAUGAUUCCAGCCAGACAAUAUAUGUAUGGUUGGAUGCGUUGGUCAACUACAUCACCAAAGCUGGCUAUCCAUGGGCACCUGGACAACAGAAUGCAGGGGGGUGGCCAGCAGAUGUCCAAGUUAUUGGCAAAGACAUCGUUCGAUUCCAUUGUAUAUACUGGCCGGCCUUUCUUCUCGCACUGGGUCUUGAACCACCAAAACAAAUUCUCGCUCAUGCCCACUGGACUCUAGGCAAUCAAAAAAUGUCCAAGUCCACUGGCAAUGUAGUCAAUCCAACUUUCGCCAUGGACCGUUUCGGUGUUGAUGUGAUGAGGUACUACCUUGCACACGACGGAGGAAUCGCAAAUGAUUCGGACUACGGGAAUCACCUAAUUGUGGAACGAUACAAGAAGGGACUUCAAGGCGGGAUCGGCAACCUCGUGAGCAGAAUAACGCGGCCCAAGAUCUGGGAUGUGCGGAAAUCCGUUGAAGCAGCUAGAGAUGAUACACUCCGUAGAGCUGGCAAAUCUACCAGGGAGCAAGCUCAGAUGCUGAGCGAGCUCUCUCGAGUCGUCAACAUGAAAAUGGAGAAACUUGAUCCAGGAGCAGCACUACAGCUCAUCAUGGAUGCUGUUUACGAGACGAAUAGAUAUCUGCAAUUCAACUCCCCCUGGCUCCUUGCAAAAACCAAAGACAUGCACACCCCGAGAACGGAGGACGAAAGCGGCGAUCGAGUCUACGACCUCGUCGACCUCAACCAACUCCGCAUCGAGCGCACGAUUUACCACUGCGCUGAAGCCAUCCGGAUUGUCGGCAUUCUACUGCAGCCAUACAUGCCCACGAAAGCAGCACAACUUCUCGAUAUGAUGGGCGUCGACGAAGCACGACGUACCUUUGAGGAUGCCCAAUUUGGGGCGGAUUUUACGUACGGGGAGCCGAAAGUCACCCCUGGCAAAGGGCCAUUUGAGGGUUUGUUUCCACCUCUGCCUGUAGAGACUUGA